GGCCGGCUAAGCCUGCGCGGGGCCGCCUCGCUUGCUCUGGGCUCCGCAAGCGGCGGGCGACUCCCGGUUGCUGCUCUCACAGCCCGAGGCGGAAGCCGGCACUGAUCCGAGGCCCCGGCAGCUAGGGAAUUUUAGGAAUAUGGCAACCUGUAUGGGGUGUGUCCUGGAAGGAGAAGAUUUUCUCCCUUGUGAUGCCUGAGAAUCAAAUUCUUACUUCUGAGAGAGAGAGAGAGAGAAAGAGAGAGAGAGAACGAACCAGCCCAUACUUGUCUUGAGGAAUCCUAGGACAAUACAGGUGUGAACGCUUCUCCAGGUGCUUCAUGGUGAUCCCUUCUGUCUUCUCCACACCACUUCUCCACACGGCUCCUGAACCAUGGGGGAAAAUGAAGAUGAGAAGCAAACCCAGGCGGGGCAGGUCUUUGAGAAUUUUGUCCAGGCUUCCACGUGCAAAGGUACCCUUCAGGCCUUCAACACCCUCAUCCGCCUCCUAGACCUAGACCCUCUGGACCACAGAAACUUUUACUCCAAACUCAAGUCCAAGGUGACCACCUGGAAGGCCAAAGCCCUGUGGUAUAAAUUGGACAAGCGUGGCUCCCACAAAGAGUACAAACGAGGGAAGUCGUGUACGAACACCAAGUGUCUCAUCAUUGGGGGAGGACCAUGUGGUUUACGCACUGCCAUUGAACUUGCCUACCUGGGAGCCAAAGUGGUCGUGGUGGAAAAGAGGGACACCUUCUCCCGGAAUAACGUGCUGCACCUCUGGCCUUUCACCAUCCAUGACCUGCGAGGCUUGGGAGCGAAGAAGUUCUACGGGAAGUUCUGUGCUGGCUCCAUUGAUCACAUAAGUAUUCGUCAACUACAGCUCAUCCUCUUCAAGGUGGCUCUGAUGUUGGGAGUUGAAAUCCAUGUGAAUGUGGAGUUUGUGAAGGUUCUAGAGCCUCCUGAAGAUCAAGAAAAUCAAAAAAUUGGCUGGCGGGCAGAAUUCCUCCCUGCAGACCACACUCUGUCUGACUUUGAGUUUGACGUCAUCAUUGGAGCUGAUGGCCGCAGGAACACCUUGGAAGGGUUCCGGAGGAAAGAAUUCCGAGGGAAGCUAGCCAUUGCCAUCACCGCCAACUUCAUAAACAGAAACAGCACGGCUGAGGCCAAGGUGGAAGAGAUCAGUGGUGUGGCCUUCAUCUUCAACCAGAAAUUUUUUCAGGAUCUGAAAGAAGAAACAGGAAUCGAUCUUGAGAACAUUGUUUACUACAAGGACUGUACCCACUACUUUGUCAUGACUGCCAAGAAGCAGAGCCUGCUCGACAAAGGUGUCAUCAUUAAUGACUACAUCGAUACAGAGAUGCUGCUGUGUGCAGAGAACGUGAACCAGGACAACCUACUCUCCUAUGCCCGGGAAGCUGCAGACUUUGCCACCAAUUACCAGUUGCCAUCCUUAGACUUUGCCAUGAACCACUACGAGCAGCCCGACGUGGCUAUGUUUGACUUUACUUCCAUGUAUGCCUCAGAGAACGCAGCCCUGGUGCGCGAGCGCCAGACACACCAGCUACUCGUGGCUCUCGUGGGUGACAGCUUGCUCGAGCCGUUUUGGCCUAUGGGCACAGGAUGUGCUCGUGGAUUUCUGGCGGCCUUUGACACAGCGUGGAUGGUAAAGAGCUGGGACCAGGGGACCCCACCCCUGGAGCUGCUGGCUGAAAGAGAAAGUCUUUACCGGCUGUUACCUCAAACAACUCCAGAGAACAUCAACAAGAACUUUGAGCAGUACACGCUGGACCCAGGGACACGAUACCCAAACCUCAACUCACACUGUGUUAGACCCCACCAGGUGAAGCAUUUGUACAUCACUAAGGAGCUGGACCGUUACCCUCCGGAGAGACUGGGCUCAGUGAGGAGAUCUGCCAGCCUCUCUAGGCGGGAGUCAGACAUCCGACCCAGCAAGCUCUUAACCUGGUGCCAGCAGCAGACUGAGGGUUACCAGCAUGUCAAUAUCACCGACCUGACCACAUCCUGGCGCAGUGGUCUGGCCCUGUGUGCCAUCAUCCAUCGUUUCCGGCCAGAGCUAAUCAACUUUGACUCUUUGAAUGAAGAUGAUGCUGUGGAGAACAACCAGUUGGCAUUUGAUGUGGCUGAGCGUGAAUUUGGGAUCCCUCCAGUGACCACAGGCAAAGAGAUGGCAUCAGCCCAGGAGCCUGACAAGCUCAGCAUGGUCAUGUACCUCUCCAAGUUCUAUGAGCUCUUCCGGGGUGCUCCGCUGAGACCUGUGGAUUCUUGGCGCAAAAACUAUGGAGAAAAUGCUGACCUCAACUUGGCCAAAUCAUCCAUUUCCAAUAACUAUCUCAACCUUACGUUCCCAAGAAAGAGGACUCCACGAGUAGAUGUCCAAACUGAAGAGAACGACAUGAACAAACGGAGGCGGAGAGGCUUCAGCAACUUGGAUGAGCCAUCAACCUUCACCAGCCGUAGCUUGGUCUCCAAUCAAGAGGGCAGCACCAAUAAGGAAGGUGGAAAUCAGAACAAAGUCAAGUCCAUGGCAAAUCAGCUGCUGGCCAAGUUUGAGGAGAGCACCCGGAACACCUCAGUCCUGAAGCAGGAAUCUAUGCGAAAGGUAUUUCCCGUGAGCCUGGGUGGCAGCGACACCUGCUACUUCUGUAAGAAGCGUGUGUAUGUGAUGGAGCGGCUGAGCGCUGAGGGCUACUUCUUCCACCGCGAGUGUUUCCGCUGCAGCAUCUGCACCACCACCUUGCGCCUGGCUGCCUACGCCUUCGACUGUGACGAAGGCAAAUUUUACUGCAAGCCUCACUUCAUUCACUGUAAAACCAACGGCAAGCAGCGGAAGAGACGAGCAGAGUUGAAACAACAGAGAGAGGAGGAGGGGAUGUGGCAAGAGCAGGAAGCCCCUCGGCGAGACACUCCCUCUGAAAGUUCUUGUGCAGUGGCCGCCAUCAGCACACCAGAAGGCAGUCCCCCAGCAGAUGAACCCACCUUCCCCAAGAAGCUGAAAAGUAUACCUGAACCUUCGUGGAAGGUUGCCAGCCCUGUGAAAGAUGGAGCCAUUUCUCCCAUGUCCUCCGAGUGGACCUCAGUGAGAAUCAGCCCCGGGGAGGAUGCAGCUGGGCAGAAUGUGCUGGCUGUGCGUGUCCUGGUGACCAGUGAGGACAGCAGCUCUGACGCAGAGUCUGACUAUGGUGCCGCUGAGGCCCCCAGGGCAAAGGCCUGUGAAAAGAGACCUCAGCGACCAGAAUCCCCACCUCUACCAAAGCCCUUGACUCGGCACAUGUCUUUGAGAGAGCCCCUGGCCAAGACGGUCUCUCCCCAGGGUCCUGAGGAGUCACAGAUGGUGCAUGCUCUGCAACGGGCCAAUAGCUUCCAGUCUCCAACACCAAGCAAAUACCAGAAUUGGAGAAGAAAAUUCCAGUCCAAUUUGACACCAGUGAACAAAAGAACUCUGUCACCUCCAAAGGAGCCUUCUCCUCCUCCUUCUUCAUGGUCUUCUCCUUCAUCUUCUCUGCCAUCUUCUUCUUCAGCCAGUAUCUCUGGGCAUCCUCCAGAUAAUUCCUCUCCACCUCAGGUGACAGCUCACAACCCCCACUCACAGGUCUCUAGAGGUCAUUUCAGUCCUUCUACCCCAAUCUAUCUGAGGCGAGCGAGAGCCCAAGGGUUACUUAAGGAAAUCCCUCUGUAUCUGCCUCAUGGCCCAGUGCUGGAGAGGGCAGAAUAUUGCCUGGUGAGCCCUGGUGCAGACAGCCUCACGAGUCCUGCAGAGGUGGCUUCUGAGAGGUGCCAGGAAGCAGAGGCCCCUCUUGGGGGUACCAGAAGCAUCCACAAAGAGCCACAGCCCAUCAGGGGUGUGGACAGGAGCUUGCCAGACCAAAAGUUAUCUGCCAGACCUGGAGAGGACACAGGAGAAGGGAGUAAACUGCCCAGGAGGGGACAGGAGGACAGGCCAGAGCUGGCAGAGGAGAGGAAGUCAGGCUUGAAGAAGUUAAGCCUCACUCAGGAGCAGAAGCACGUGUUGCUGGACUGGGAUGACUCCCACCCUGAGACUGUGUGCCUCAAGACAAGGGAGCGCCUCUCCCAGGAAGGUGAUGAGGGUGGCAGAAGAGGUCAUGUGCUAAAACCAGUCCACCCGCUGACCCUGCCUCAGACAGCCAGAGAGCCACUGCCAGCCCAGGCAGAAGCCCUGGAGGAGAUGCGGGGACCAGCUGUGCAGGGUCCAGGGGAGCGAAGUGUGCCUCCACCCAAGUCCCCGCUGCGGCUCAUUGCAAAUGCUCUCCGAAGGUCCCUGUUCCCCAAUUCUGAAAGUGGGAAGAAGGCCUGGGCCAAGCCAGAAUCAAAAACUGUGUCCACGGGCCAGCCACAAGCCUUCAUGCGCUCAUUUAGCCUUCGGAAAGUCAGUUGCCAUAAAGAUGGGGGCCAGCAGUCCCCGGGGAGACAUGUGACGAAGAGGGCCUCAUCUUUCUUCUCCCAGGGCACCCCAGCUGCCAGAGCUGCCCAGCCCUCAGACCUCAGCCUUCCUGACCCUGCUCUCCGCUCUCGGAGUUUGCCCAAUAGGCCAUCCAAAGUGUUUCCUGCACCCUACAGCAAGGUUGAAGAUAUCCCCCCGCUCCUGGAGAAAGUUAGUUUGCAGGAGAACUCACCAGAUGCUAAGAGUCCAAAGAGAAAACUCACACUGUUUCCGUCCUUCAGACUCAAAGACAAAUCCUUUGAGAGUGUCUUUCAAGAUCCUAAGCCAAGAAAGGACCUUGGGGACCUGUAUAGCAGCCCCAAGGGGAAGGUGCUGCCCGAUGACACGGUUCCAUCCCUGGAGAAGCUGAUACAGCCUUUCAGAAGCACCUCCCUGGGGCCAGUGGCCCAUCCCACUCCUCCAGCUGGAGAUGCAAGCUCCAAGCACAUCCCUGUUGGAGUGCAGGUGACAGCAGCUGCCUCUUCUCCCUCUUCUACCACCUCCUCCUCUGCAGAUGAAGAACUUGAUCCUCAGAUCUCUUCAAGGUUAAAGGAAAAGAAGACACUCAGAAGAAGAAGGAAGUUAGAAAAAGCAACAAAGCAACAAGUUAAGCAAGAAGAAUUGAAAAGACUCCAUAAGGCUCAGGCCAUCCAGAGGCAGCUGGAAGAAGUGGAGGAGCAGCAGAGGGCUUAUGAGAUCUACGGUGUGAGGCUGGAGAAGGCGCUGCGAGGAGAAGCAGAUUCAGGGACACAAGAUGAAGCACAGCUUUUGCAGGAAUGGUUUAAGCUGGUGCUGGAGAAGAAUAAAUUAAUGCGAUAUGAGUCGGAGCUACUAAUCAUGUAAGUAAGACAACACAGAUAACAGUGAGUCCUAACAGCAAAGAGUGGGAGCGGGGAUGCUCACUGUCCUCGGCUGAAGUCCCAGGAUUUUUCCUCUUUGUGCAUACAGAAUAGUGAUUGAGGCAAAUUGGUAUUUUAUGUCUUGCAUAUCAUGUUGACAUUAGCACAAAGAAUCUUUAGUUGUCUGUUCUCUCUGCACAGUGCUAUGGCUGAAAUAGAUUUCAGGUAAUGGGUCAGGAGCUGGAGCGAAUUUAGCCCCUUCCUGGACACCACGCCUGCAGUGGGGAUGGUUAUGUCCAGCCUCUGUGUGUGAAUCAUGGGAAGGGUUUCGUGACAUCUGCCUGGCCACUUCCUGGUGACUUUAAAGGAAUGGGGGUUGAGAUCUGACUGGCCACCCUCUGUGGCCAAGGG